AAAACGAACGAUUGGUAGCAUGAGUUGACGUUUCAUUGAGCACAUCCAUGAAAUUUUGUCAUUAGCAACAUGGCGCGAGGUAGCAGUGCAGGCUUUGAUAGACACAUUACGAUUUUUUCGCCGGAAGGUCGGCUUUAUCAAGUAGAAUAUGCAUUUAAAGCCAUUAAUCAAGGGGGUUUAACAUCGGUUGCUGUAAAAGGUGUAGACACCGCAGUUUUUGCGACACAAAAGAAAGUACCUGAUAAGUUGCUAGACGCUUCUAGUGUUACUCAUGUAUUCCAGCUUACAGAACAUAUUGGUUGUGUUAUGACAGGCAUGAUAGCGGAUAGCAAAUCUCAAGUACAACGAGCAAGAUACGAAGCUGCUCAUUUUAAAUAUAAACACGGUUAUGAAAUACCCGUAGAUGCAUUAUGUCGGCGUGUUGCAGACAUCAGUCAAGUAUAUACACAAAAUGCAGAAAUGCGACCAUUGGGGUGUUCUAUGAUGCUUAUUGCAUAUGAUAGAGAAAAGGGUCCUUGUAUUUAUAAAGCUGAUCCAGCUGGUUAUUUCUGUGGAUAUAAAGCUAUAUCAGUUGGCGCAAAACAAACAGAAGCUAAUUCUUAUUUAGAAAAAAAGUUAAAGAAAAAACAGAAUUACGAUUUUGAUGAAACUGUUCAAUUAGCUAUUACUUGUUUAUCUACGGUUUUAUCUGUUGAUUUUAAACCAACAGAAAUCGAGGUUGGUGUGGUAUCGAAAGACAAUCCUAAAUUCCGCGUGCUGACAGAACAAGAAAUCGAUAAGCAUUUAACAGCAAUUGCCGAAAAGGAUUGAUGAUUUUACAUAAGGUUCUUAAUAAAU